AUGGUGGAUUCUCCGGGAGAGGAGUACCACUCUAAGGAGCGAAGCUACGCCAUUACCCCUGUCACUGUGGCCCAUUACAAAUCUGCCAACUGGAAGCGCGAGCAGUUCCAGAGGUACUUGGAGAAGUCAGGCGUGCUGGACACGCUGACCAAGGUGUGGGUAGCCUUAUAUAAAGAACCAGAGAAACCUAGUAGUGCUUUGGAUUUUUCAAAGCAUCACUUAGGAGCUGCUACCCCAGAAAAUCCAGAAAUUGAGCUGCUUCACCUAGAAUUGGCAGAAAUGAAAGAGAAAUAUGAAGCUACUAUAGAAGACAAUAAAAAACUGAAAGCAAAGUGUGCUCAGUAUGAACCACCUCAUGAGGAGAAGUGUGCUGAAUAG